CACGAAACUGGAAUUAGGUGGUACGUAAAUGCCCCAACUGAUAAUCCCCAGCUGAGCAUAUUUAAUCCUUCCUGAUCAGUCUCGUCCUCUUCCUAUUCAAUUCCGUAGUUUCAUCCACUUCUUUCCUUUCUUCCUUCUCAUCAGAAUCCUAGAGAGGGAAACGAGAAGAAAAGAGGAGGAAGAAGAUUUUUCCACAAUUUUCUUCAAAUUUAUUUAAGAACCUGCCGCUCUGAGUCACUAUCGGCGGGCUUAAUGUUGAUCGGGGGUGGGAGGAAGAAAUUAGUUGCUAUUCUCGCAGAUGGAAGAAAUCAAGGGGAGUACCUCCACCAAUUCAGACAUUGUUACCGCGCAGAAGGAAUGGGAUGAAAUUUGUUGUCCAAUCUGUUUGGACCAUCCCCAUAAUGCGGUUCUCCUAAUCUGCAGGUCGCAUGAAAAGGGUUGCAGAGCCUUCAUUUGUGACACCAGCUACAGGCAUUCAAACUGCCUCGAUCGGUUUAAAAAAUUAAAACUAAACCAAGGAGAUACCUCUUUUCUAUCUUCCCAGCAACAUUACCAGAACGAUCAGAUCCAUGUUGAAAACCCUAACAGGAUUGUUACCAGCGGACCUGAAUCAAUGGCAGAAAGUGACAGCGUCUGGAGUUGUCCUCUUUGUCGAGAAACAGUAUCGGGUUGGAUGAUUGUGAAGGAGACGAGGCAGUACCUGGAUCUUAAACCUCGGAGCUGCUCCAGGGAGCUGUGCUCAUUUUCCGGCAACUACAUGGAGCUUCGGCGACAUGCGAGGAGGGUUCACCCCGCAACAAGACCUAGCGAUGUAGAUCCUUCGAGACAGAGAGCGUGGCGGCGUUUGGAAAAUGAGCGCGAGCACGGCGAUAUCCUCAGCGCCAUCAGAUCGGCAAUGCCUGGUGCCAUCGUGAUCGGCGAUUACGUUAUUGACAGAAGUAAUGAUCCGCCGCGUGAGGCUGAGCUUGGUGAGGAUGGUGGAUCGUGGCUGACAACCUUUUUUCUACUGCGAAUGAUGAAUGGCGGCUUAAUCGGGUUUCUUGAUGAGCCGAGGGGCUCUUCCGGGAUUUGGAGGAGGAUGAGCCGGCGGCCUUAUGGACGCCAUGAACGAUCGGAUCGGAAUCUCCUGGAUCUGCAAGGUGGUGGCGAUGAAGAUGAUUUGAAUCCAGAUGGUGAUAGUAUGAUUCCGAGGAGGAGGAGAAGGUUGACGAGAUCUAGGCAUGGUGAAGAGCAGCGAAAUAGAAUGAAUGAAGAAGAUUGCUGAAACUACAGCUCUGGAGACUGGGUGCUCUCAUUUUUGCUGGAGAAGAUGUUGCCUACUCCAGGACGAACAAAUAAGGGAGGACACAUAGGCGCAAACUCACGUGUAUGAUGAUGUGGCAUCUCGUGAUUGGACAUCCAUACAUGCACGCGUUGAUGUCGGGACAUAAUAUUUUCUCCAUUUUGUGAACCUAUGAGAGAUUAGAGUUGAGAUUGGAAGUAUGGAACUCCAUCAUUAUAUAGGGCUUAAAAUUGGUUCGUAGCUUGUUAUAUUCGGUUUUGAGCCAAGUUGGCUCAAAAUUGAAUCAAGCCCGAUCCGGCUCGAAAUCAAAAUUAGCUAGCUCAAAUUGAGUUAUUUGGAUAAGCUCCAACUAGAAAUUGGCUUGUGACUUUAUAUUUAAUUUCA